AUGAAACAUUUAAUUCUAGUUGUUGUCGGCGUGCUAUUUCUAACAGGAUGGUCAGCUGGGCAAGAAGAUGGGGUGGGAGGAGUGGGCACUGUGGAGGAGAUGACUGUAGAUGCUGACCUUGGUGCAUCCCGGGAAGCCUCAAGAACCGACGCGGAAGCCGUGACCCGCGAAGAGGAAGCGAUCAGUCCCGACGGGCUGAGCGUGGCGCAGCAGCGCGAAGUGCGCGAGCGAGCCCAAAAGUUCACGUUCCAGACAGAGGUGAACCGCAUGAUGAAGCUCAUCAUCAACUCGCUGUACCGCAACAAGGAGAUCUUCCUGCGGGAGCUCAUAUCGAACGGUUCCGACGCGUUGGACAAGAUUCGGCUGCUGUCGCUGACCAACCGCGACGUGCUCGACGCCACGUCGGACCUCAGCAUACGUAUCAAGGCGGACCCGGAGCGACGUAUGCUGCACAUCAUCGACACGGGCUUGGGCAUGACCAAGAACGACCUCGUCAACAACCUCGGGACAAUCGCCAAGUCCGGCACCGCCGACUUUCUAUCCAAGAUGCAGGACCCUGAGAAGAGCGGCAACCAGGAGACGAACGACAUGAUCGGGCAGUUCGGAGUGGGCUUCUACUCGGCCUUCCUCGUGGCCGACCGCGUCACCGUGGUCUCUAAGCAUAACGACGACGCGCAGCACGUGUGGGAAUCCGACGCCUCCUCCUUCAGCGUGGCCGAGGACCCCCGCGGCGACACGCUCAAGCGCGGCACGCACAUCACGCUGCACCUCAAGGAGGAGGCCGCCGACUACCUCCAGCCCGACACCAUCCGCGCGCUCGUCAAGAAGUACUCGCAGUUUAUCAACUUCCCCAUCUACCUCUGGGCUUCGCGCACCGAGACCUACGAGCAACCGGCCGAAGACGAGCCCUCCUCCGACGACGACGCCGACGCGGACGCGCGCGUCGAGGACGCGGCCGACGCGGAGCCCGAGCGCGAGCCGAAGCGCGCCGAACGCACCGUGUGGGACUGGGAGCUCAUGAACGACAACAAGCCCAUCUGGACGCGCAAGCCGGCCGAGGUGCGCGACGACGAGUACACGCAGUUCUACAAGACGCUCACCAAGGACACGGCGGCGCCGCUGGCGCGCGCGCACUUCGUGGCCGAGGGCGAGGUCACCUUCCGCGCGCUGCUGUUCGUGCCGCGCGUGCAGCCGGCCGACAGCUUCAACCGCUACGGCACCAAGACCGACCACAUCAAGCUCUACGUGCGCCGCGUCUUCAUCACCGACGAGUUCAACGAGCUGAUGCCUAACUACCUCGCCUUCGUGCAGGGCAUCGUCGACUCGGACGACCUGCCGCUCAACGUGUCGCGCGAGACUCUGCAGCAGCACAAGCUUGUGAAGAUCAUCAAGAAGAAGCUCGUGCGCAAAGUGCUCGACAUGCUUAAGAAGAUCCCGGACGACGAGUACGAGCACUUCUGGAAGGAGUACUCGACCAACAUCAAGCUCGGUGUCAUCGAGGACCCCUCCAACCGCUCGCGCCUCGCCAAGCUGCUGCGCUUCCACUCCUCGCGCGGCGAAGACAUGACCUUCCUCGCCGACUACGUGGCGCGCAUGAAGCCCGCCCAGAAGCACAUCUACUACAUCGCCGGCACCGGCCGCGCCGAGGUGGAGCGCUCGCCCUUCGCGGAGCGUCUCGUGCGCCGCGGCUUCGAGGUGCUCUACCUCACGGAACCCGUCGACGAGUACUGCCUGUCCUCGCUGCCCGAGUUCGACGGCCACAAGUUCCAGAACAUCGCCAAGGAGGUGUUCGACUUAGACGACGGCGAGGCCGAGAGGGAGGCGCUGGAGGCCGCGCGGGCGCGCUUCGAGCCCCUCACCAAGUGGCUCGGGGACAAGCUCGGCGCGCACAUCACUCGCGCCGCCGUCUCCCGGCGCCUGGCGCGCUCGCCGGUUGCCCUCGUGGCGACCGCCUUCGGCUGGACCGGCAACAUGGAGCGCCUGGCCAUGUCCAACGCGCACCAGAAGGCGGACGACGCGCAGCGCAAGCACCAGCUGUCGCAGAAGAAGUCGCUCGAGAUAAACCCGCGCCACCCCGUGGUGCUGGAGCUCCUGCGCCGCGUCACCGACGACCCCGACGACGCGCUCGCGCUGGACACGGCUCGCACGCUCCUGCGCACGGCCGCCCUGCGCUCCGGCUACCUGCUGCAGGAGGGGCAGGCCAUAGAGUUCGCCGACUCCGUCGACGCCAUGCUGCAGCGCGCGCUGGGCCUGCCGCCCGACGCGCAGGCCGAGCUCGACGAGCCCGAGGAGCCCUCGGCCGACGACGAGCGACCCGAUGUCGGGCCCGAAGACGAGCACGACGAGCUGUAG